CCGUCUCGUCUCGUCGAGUCCAUCCGCUACGGUGGCGCGCAAGGUCGUCGUUCAUGUCUGCGUGUGAGCUAGUUCCGAGAAAAGUUUAGACCUCGCUGCAGAGGAUUUUAUUAGCCUACACGCGACACCGUCCAGCAUUCGGCAGACCGUAGCUUACGGCCCGACGGAAGUCGAGCGUGCAGCGACGAAUCUCGCCGCGCAGUUGACGAGCAGACGGCUUUUGAGUCGACUCAAAAGCGAAUCUCGCCGCGCACUUGACGAGCAGACGGCGCGCCCAACCGUGCUUCACCCAUGCGGCUCGUGGAUGACCCUCUGGUGCCCGUCCGUUUGGACCUGGAGAUCGGAGAUCAACGGCUGCAAGACGCCUUCUGCUGGAACAGCAACGAGCCCGAAGGGGAGAUAGCGCCGUUUGCAGAGGGCCUUGUGAAGGACACGAAGCUUCCACACUACUUCCUGCCGCACAUCGUCCAGGCCAUCCAGGCUCAGGUGGCGGAGUUCCGGGCCUUACAUGCCCAGGACCUGGCUGCAGUGCUGGGGGCCACUGAGGAGAACGUGCAUCUCGUCAAGCUGGAUGUGUGCACGGCCACAUGCAUCAUUCGGGACCAAUUUCUGUGGGACCUGAACAAUCCAUAUGCCGAUCCCGAGGCCUAUGCUGCUGGGCUGUGCUCCGACCUUGGCAUUACUGAUGCUGAUCCCCAAGCACAGGUCUGGGUCGCAGUGGCACUUCGGGAACAAUUGCUAGAGCUCGCCCGUCAGAUGCUCGCUUCGAAGGAACCCCGAUCCUCCAAGAGGCCACGGAGGGAGCGAGGGGGGAGUGCAGACCCGAAGGCCACAGCAGCAGCGGCGCUGCCUCCCGCUGCCCCAGUGGGCGCCACGGCGCUGGCCUUCAUGCGCCGAGCAGGCGGCCGCAUCAGCGUGAGAAGGCCUCGCAAGGAGUGGUCUGCUUUUGAACCUCAGGUCGAGUUCUUUCAAACUCCCACUGGUGCACCCGCUGCUGGUACCGCUGCUGGUAACGUUGCUGGUAACGCUGCUGCGGGCGGUACAUCCAUUGCUGCUCUGGGCCAUGGUGGUGCUGCUGACGUGGCUACUCCAGGUCAUGAGGACGAGGAUACUGGUGCCGCUGAUGUGGUUGUUGCUGCUUCCUUUUCUGCGGACGUGGAUCUGGACGCCGAUGACGAGGCUGGUGCUGGCGAGGACACAGGGAAUGGUCUCGGUAUUGGUGCUGACAUGGAGGAUAAAGAUAUUGGCUAUACUGACAGAGAUCUUGGCGAAGAGUCGGAUGAUUUGGGGGGUGUAGAAGAGGAUGAAGUGUAUCUUUCAUCUUAUUUACCGAAACGCGGUCCUAGGCAUCACAUGUGACAAACCCAGAAAACUAUUUGUCCAUAUGGUUAUUAGAAAGAGAAUUGAAUGAUUAGAGAGAGAGAG